CACACAUUGGCAUUAAGUUACUUGUUUAUCUUGCGGUGCGUGGCUGAGAUACCGUUGUCGCCUCCUAUCUUCCUUCGUUGAGCUGUUACCUCUUCCUUCCCCCUCCAACACCGGCUAUACCUUGUUAUCCAUCAGCCAUUUCCUCCAUCAUUUUGAAUCCAUCAUUCUUCAUCAAUCUGUCCACCUUUAUUCCCUAUACCUUUCACAUUCCAUAAAUUUCUGUUGCUUUUGUUUUUGUUUGAGAAUUUGUCCUUUUUCGCCACAAGUACGGAAAAUCCUCCCAUCAGCUGCAGAGGGAGCUUCGCGGCAUAAUGACUUCUAAACCUACUUCCCCGGCAGAGGAAGUUUCUGCCAAUGAAACUACUCCUUCCGAAACCUCUGUCACGUCGACCGCUUCCACUGCUACUCCUACCCCUACUUCUACGGAUGGUAGUGCUACUCCCUCGACAUCGCACGAUUCGGCUCCGGGCACUGCUACCGCCUCGCAGUCUACUACAACUGUAGCAGCUCCCGAAAAUGCAGCGGCGAAGACGAAGAAGCCGAUGUGUAAGCACAAGAAGCUGAAGGCAGAGGAGAAAGAAAAGGAAAAGGAAAAGGAGAGGGCCAAGAAGGAGCAAGAGGAGAAGGAGAAGGCGGAAAGGGAAAAAGAUGAGCGGGAGAAGAAGGAGAAAGAGGAGAAAGAAAAGGAGGAUAAAGGAAAAGAGGAUAAGAAGGGUAGAGGGAAGGAUAAAAAGAAAGAUAAGAAGAAAUUGAGAUCGAAGAAGUCGAAAAAGAGGAGUAGGAAGUCGGAUAGUGAGUCGAGUGACUCAUCCUCUUCGAGCGACUCAUCCUGUGCCUCAGAUGACAGCGAUAGCGAUAGUUCCUCAUCUUCCUCCUCUUCCUCGGAUUCGUCUUCAGAUUCCGAACUAGAAAACGAAGCAUUGGCGGCUGCGGUACGCUUGAUUUUAGCCAGAAAGUCAUCAAAGCGACGGAGACGUGAGAAAUUGAAAGCUAAGAAGAAGGCUAAGGCAAGGAAGGAGAAGAAGAAAGCCAAAAAGGCCGAGAGGGAAGCGGCAGCUGCAAUGAUGGGCGAAGGUGGCGAGAAUCCUCCAGAACCAGGCGAGGAGGAGGGGGAUGGAAAAGAGAGAGCAAGUGUCUUGGAGUACAAGAGGGUCGAUGAAUUGUGGGAUAAGAACAUACACGAUUAUACGAUAACCGAUACUGUUGCGCAUACAAAGACCGACAAGUACUCCUCGUUUAUCUUUACCGUUCGCCGUGUCUUCGAUUACGAAAAUAAAUAUGUGGAGACCAUGGUUGAUAUCAAAUCCAUCCUAUUGAAGGAGGCCUUAACUGAGAUCAUCGGUGACGUUAGGGGAGUCUCUCUUGUUGAGGACGUUCCCGAGGUUGAUCCUAAUAUGCUGUUCAACUUCCUCCCCGAAAUGGAGGCCUGGCCUGAAGAUAUUCCUCUGACACCCGAGGAGAUUUCUCAACAGAUCGAUCAAGUCAAGCUCUUGAUUGGGUAUUUGAACACAGAUUACGCUGGUGUUAAGGCUACUUUGUAUCCUCUCCUUGCGAACUCAAUGAUUACCUUCGACUUGUUGUGGGCUCUGCUAAAGCCCAACACUAUGAUGUAUACUACUUGCGCUGGUAGUAAUGAGCCGAGGGCGUUCAAGCUAGAGUACGCCCAGAAAGAGUCUAGUUUUAUGAGGGGUAAAUGGUGGGGUAUUGAGGGUAAAUACCUGGAGUAUGCUGGUAAGGACAGCAAGCCCUCCGAGGCAAACAAAGAAGUAGGCGGUUUCGGUUGGGGUACUAUCAUGGUUGACAUUGAUGGGUUCAAGGGAGCGAGAAAAAUUUCUUCGCUAUCCUGUUAUCCAUUGGAGUAUAGGAAAGAUAAGGACACCAUGAGGGAAACCCUGGUUGAACGUGGCCGCAAAUUUGUUUCAUUAAGAGGAAUGCAGUACAAGAUGCACAAGGGGCUGGCGUUCAUGAAAAAGAAGAGGCAAUACGCCAAAGUUCAUGUCAAAGGGCGUAUCAUGAUUGACCCCGCUACAUUCCGAAGGAUCAAUCCGAAUUAUCUUAUCUCUUCAGUCAAGUCCCGCAACAACGACGAAGAGGAUGAUAAUCAAGUCAAUUUCUUUGAUGCCGAAGGGCAGAAUGGCUCUUCGCCUUCCUCGGAAACCGGUGACUGCACUGACUGCUGUUGUGGUGGCGAAGGGGAGGAGGAGGAGGAAGGGGAGAAUGAGAUACCGGCAGAAACUGAGAAGCAUAAGAUUGUGACAGAUGGAAAAGGGGCAUUUUAUGUGGUCACUGAACAAGAAGCGAAUGAUAAGUCAAUGAGGGUGGAGGCCCUGCCAGAGGACGGUGAUGAAGAGGCGGAGCCUGUGUUCACUGACGAUGAACUUCUUACUGCUUCACCAGUCGUGCUUGGAUGGUCAUUCAAUGAAAAGCUCUGGUUGGAAUUCACUGUUUCCGGAGUUGAGGAAAUUCAGUGGAACGAAAAGGCUUUUGAUUCCCUUGUGCUUGCCGAGGAGCAAAAAGAGAUCGUCAAGGCAUUGGUCGAAUCGCACUCUGGUAAUAACAUCGCAUCUGCCACUAUUGACGAUGUUAUCCAAGGCAAGGGUCGUGGAUUGGUGUCGGUACUUCACGGACCUCCGGGUGUGGGAAAGACUUUAACCGCUGAAGGAAUUGCCGAACUUUUGAAGAAACCCCUGUACUGUGUUUCUUCGGGAGAGUUGGGAACCAACCCUGCAGUUCUUGAGCACGAACUUAACAAGAUCUUGGACAUUGCUCACUCUUGGGGUGCUGUGUUGUUGUUAGAUGAGGCUGAUGUGUUCUUGGAGCGGAGAACAAUGGCUGAUAUGCAUCGUAACGCUUUGGUGUCAAUUUUCUUGAGGCUCUUGGAGUACUUCCAGGGCAUCUUGUUUUUGACCACCAAUCGCGUCGAGACAUUUGACGAUGCAUUCCAGAGCAGGAUUCACGUUGCUCUUCGGUAUAACGAGUUGACAUUCAAGGCAAAGGUAAAGAUUUGGAAAAUGUUCUUGGAGAUGGUUCGUGUCAAGUACGGUGAGGAUGCGCCUGAGGUUUUGAGCCAGGAGGAGAUUGAGUGGUUAGCAAAGAAACACCUCAAUGGCAGACAGAUCAAAAACUCUGUCAGAACGGCACAGGCCUUGGCGAAUAAUAAGAAGGAGCGGCUCCAGAUGAAACAUAUCAGAACUGUUCUGAACGUUGCUGAGGGGUUCGAAAAUGACUUGAAGGGGACUGGCCAGCUAGAUAGCAUGCAUGCGUAUGCUUGAUGGAGGCUGCCGGAAUAGAUGGACAGACGGAAUAGGUAUUUCAAUUGUUUUACUGUCAUGACCUUCUCGUUUGUGGCUGAGCCUUUUCUUCUCAAUUCUCUUCUCAUUAGCGAUGUUUUUAUAAUAUCAUACCUCACCUAUCUUUUUGUAACAUGUUACUAUAUUUUUUUGCUCUGCUUUUUAUGCCUUUGAGGGCGCUUUUUUUUUUCUCUUGUAUUUUUUUCACUUGUUUCUAUGGUUGAAUAUUUCAGUCAUUUCAUUUUGGCUCGGAGCGGGUUACGGUUAUGUUAUGGUUCUGGGCGAUUUACAGGUCAUAAUGGGUGUUAUGAUGUUUUUAUACUGGGAGGCGGGGAUUUAUGAAUUGGGGAGUGAAUAAGAGAGGCAGGGAGAGGAGGAGAGGUGUUUUAGGCAUGGAUGGGGCAGUGUAGAGUAUACUGUUUGGGCGAGCAUUGGUUAGAAGGGGUAGCCUGAAGAAUAGAGAGGCGGCUGGGGAGAUUGAA